UGGCUUGCUGCUAACACACGUGUGGACGAGAAAGAAAGAUAAAAGCCAGCCGCGGUUCUGUGCGCACCGCGCAGCCGAACGGCAUGCUGCGGUGGCACGCCGGCGCCAGCACCGUCGCUCCCGUCCCGCCUCCGCUCGCGCCCCGGCCGGCCGCGCGCGGCCGCCUCCGGCCGUGCCGCGCGAAGAAGCCAGCGGACGACGACGACGACCGAGCCGGCGGAGGUAGCUCGUUGCUCUCCAAGAGCGUCCUGCUGCGGUCCGGCGUCGCACUCUUCGCCCUCGGCUUCGUCGAUGCCGGGUACAGCGGCGACUGGUCUCGCAUCGGCGCCAUCUCCAAGGACACCGAGGAGCUGCUCAGGCUGGGCGCCUACGGCGUCGUGCCGCUCUCUCUGGCCCUCAUAUUUUCCUUGUCCCAAGACAGCAACAGUAACCCUUAGGAUUUGGGAAGAGUGAAUUGCACACUAGUAUCUUAGUAUAGCACCAAACGAUCGUUUAUCGUGUUUUGUGCUGUUAAUCGUUGGUCUUUACCGACGAACUGGAGUAAAAUCAGAAUGUGCUUCGUUCUGUGA